AUGAAUAAAAUACGGCAGAUCCAAGAGCUCAACAAAAAGGAGCUUGAGCAGGGAAUCUCUCCACAGGCCUCCUGGCAUACCGACUAUCGCGACACUGCCUUUGUAUACUUUGGCGGCCUCCCAUUCGAGCUCUCGGAGGGUGACGUGAUCACUAUAUUCUCACAGUACGGCGAGCCCGUGUUCCUCAAGCUUGCGCGCGAUCGCGAAACGGGAAAAAGCAAGGGGUUUGGCUGGCUCAAGUACGAGGACCAGCGCAGCACCGAUUUAGCUGUAGACAACCUUGGCGGUGCUUCUAUAUCUGGUCGCUUGAUACACGUGGAUCACGCCCGCUACAAGGCGCGUGAUGACGAGGACCUCGACGAGUAUAAGGUUGGGUGGGAGGACAUCCGGCGGCGAGAAGGCAUCGUGGACGCCACGGCAGGCGGGAACAGCGAAACGGACGGCGAUGGAAAGUACGAGACAGAAAGCGACACUGAAAAGCGACGGCAACACCAUCGACGGCGGGUGGGAAAAGGAGAACGGCCGAUGCUGCCAGAAGAGCGCGAGCUCGAGCAGCUGAUCCGGGAUCAUGACGACGAAGAUCCCAUGAAGGAGUAUCUCAUCGACGAGAAGAAGAAGGAGAUCGAAGCUGCACUACGGAGAAUCGAGGACGGCCACGGCGAUGAAGGCAAGGAUCGUCGCACAAAGACGGAGACAUCAUGGAUGUUGACUCAGACGACAAAGAACACUCUACCCGGAAGCCAGCGCGACACGAGGGUGAAGCGGACGACCAGCGAGAGCGACAUCACAGGCGCGAGGAGAGAGAUGGUCGAGAACGCAGCCACAGAGAUAGAGACCGUGAUCGGGAAAGGCACCGGGACAGCGACCGUGACACAGGCCGAGAACGGAGACGCGACGACCGCGACGAAACUGCAGCUCGUGACGGCAGACGAGAGCAUAGGGAUAGACACAGUCGACAGCGGGAGUGGGAUGACGAUGGAAAGGGAAGAUAGCCUAGAACGCGGCGGCAUGGAGAGUAACCAGAGACGAUCUGCUCUGUAUUUGCACAGUUGCAAUUUCUAA